CGAAGCUCUGUACAUGUAGGCUCUGUAAUCUGUGGUGUAAGAAAAAACCUAAAAUAUUAUUUUUUCUUUUUAAGUGCUUAUAAAAUUUUAUUAAAUAUUUUGACUAUUAAACUUUUUCCAAUAAAAUUUAGUCAAUAUUUCAGAAUACUAAAAUGGAUGAAACAAUGGAAACAUCAGAUUUAAGUUUUAAUCAAACAACUCCUUCGAUGAAUGGUAACCAGUCUAUAGAGGGUUCAGCACCUGUUGCCGUUGGCCCUCAGAGUGGAAAGCAUGAGGAGUUCUCAGUGGAAAAAGUUCUGGACAGAAGAAUUAAAAAUGGAAAAGUUGAAUAUUUAUUAAAAUGGAGAGGCUACUCCAAUGAAGAUAAUACAUGGGAGCCAGAAGAUAACCUGGACUGUCCUGAACUUAUUUCGGCAUACGAGGAGGCCCGAUUGAAACGGGAAAGGGAAGCGCCUGCCCCUGUUGUUACAGAGCCACCACCAGAAGAAAAUCAAAAUGUACGCAAAAGAGGCCGGAGAAGCGAGAAGAAAUCCAAAAAGAUUGAAGAAAUUGAUAAACCUCGCGGCCUUGAUAGGGGCUUGCCUCCAGAGAGGAUAUACGCGGCACAAUUGCACCAUGAAGUUCUAUAUUUUCUAGUGAAAUGGCAGGACUGCAUUGAGUUGGAUGUAGUUCCAGGGAAAGAUUUAAGCCGGGCAUAUCCUGAAUUCGUCAUUAGAUACUACGAGAGCUGUGUACCAUUUUCUGUUCGGCAUAAAGUUGGAAAAAUCCCAAGAGUGGCUCCAGAGCUCCCGCUAGAGCCAUCUCAAGAAAGCGAAACAUCAAUGAAUAUUUCUCAACCUGAAAAUGAUACUUCUGCUUCAAAUCCCUCACAAGCGGACAUCCCACAAAAGGCAUUACCAUCCGCUGAUACGGAGAGUCAUUCAAUGGAAGUUGCAGUUAAUUGAUCUUCGUUCUUACAACGCUACCAAUAGUGAUUACUGAACUUUAUGUCUUUAAUAAUGAAAUUAUUAUGGUAUAAGAAUGUAGGUUAUGAUAAAAUUUUAAAUGAAUGAUGAAUUGAAAUACUUAAAUUUAAAUUUGUUGAUUGUUGUAUUUUGUUAAACGUGUCUGUAAAAGAAUGGCGCUCAGUAUAGCGCAGAUAUAUUGAGUGCCGUUCUUAUUCUCGUAUUAGUGAUGGCGACAGAAAGAAUUGGAUGAGCAGAUAUCAGAAUGUCAUCAUAACAAGCCAUGACCAUCCCACUCAUUUCACGAGAUAUAAAAGGUUAUUCUACUAUCACCACUUUAUUCAGGCAACUCGGUUUUAUUUAUAAUAUUUUUCAAUACUACUUACUGGGUACAGAGGAAUAACACCUGAGUCCUCAGGAAUGGCAACGCAUGGGGGGUAUCAUAGGCGAAACAGUAUACUCUGUUAUGUCCAUGGUACUGCUCAUGUCUAUAGGUAAUGGUUACCACUUUCCAUCAGGUGCGCCGUCAGCUUGUUUGCCAUUCAAAGUUGUAUAAAAAAAAAGCUAAUCAAGUUUAGAUGCAAUUAUUACAGAAACGCUCUUAAAAAGAUAUUAGUAAACAUCGAAAUAUUUAGUCAAUCUAUUAUUUACUUGUAUUACUAUUGGUUUAUUCGUCGUUUUGUCCCUGAUUAGAAUGAGUCACCCCUUCCUUUCCUAUGGGUGUCGUAAGAAGCGAUUAAGAGAACAUAAUGGUCGAGGGACGGGCAGCAGCGUCCCUCUUAAAACAUCGGUAAAUUCUAACUGCGGUUGUUAACCCGCCUGCCAAGCGUAGCAAUUACUUACCCCUCCCCCGCCCCUACCAUGUGGUGGAGACUUAUGUUCAGCAGUGGACAGUUGACGGCUGAUAUGAUGGACAUCAGCAAACUGUUAUAUGAUUGGGUCAAUUUUUUUUUAAUUUUUUUUUUAUGUUUUAGCAUUUAAUUGGGUCAAUUAUAUGCUUAUUUAUACUUUAUUUUUUUAUAAAAACAACUUUUUUGUACUGUAUUGGUCUGACAACCGCUAUUUAUGAUGCGAGAUGAUAGAAGUAUUGACACAUUGUAUCCCUAUUUUGUUAAUAUACCACAAAUUGUAUCUUUCAACAAACAAAUUUCUGUACCAACAAACAUUACGAUUGUUUAUAACUUUUGGUUACCAAAGUGUGGCAACGUUUCGAUUACUUGUAAAUUUUCAAAAACAUUUGAAAAAUAUUCUGUUUCUGAUUAAUUAUUUAAAAAGUACUCUGUGUACAAAUAUAAAUCGUUAAUUAUAUAAUAUGUUGCAUUAAAAAUUGUACCUAAUUAAAUUUUUGCUUUGGAAUUUUUUAAAUAAAUUUUUGCCAUUGAAAUCUAAAUUUUCAGUGACAACGUAAUAAGUUAUUAUUAUUGCAUGAUUAAGGUUUAAAUCAGAGUAGAGUAUUAUAAGCAGAGUAGUUUUUAAAGAAAUUAUUUUUGAAAAUUGAUAGAUAAUCUUUACUAUGAUCUAUCUUUAUUAUAAACGCUUUUAAUGUUGUGUUUUUUUUUUAACACUUUAUUCUGUUCUUUUUUUUAUACUUGGUACGAUUCACCAAUAACACCAAGAUUUUGUGUGAUUUACCAUCGAUUUUUAGUAUACUUUAUUUUAAAUUGGUAAUUUAAUAAAAUAAUCAAAAAAUAAAAAUAUUUCAUAUUUAUUUUAUGCACAAUAUUAUUUCGGUAAGGGAAUAUUAAGAUUAUUAAUUGUGCCAAGUAAAUAUAAAUAAUUUGUAAUGUAAUGUAAUUAAUUACUUGACAAUAAAUUCAAAUAUUAUACUCAUUAUUUUUUUUUCGAUGUACGACUCAUUCAUUUUAAUUACAUAUAUGGAUCUAAGUGCAUGGUUGGUUUAAAUAUGUGAGUACUUUAUAUUUAUUAUGUAAAGAGCUACAGAGUUUGUUUUAUAAAAAGUCUUUAUUUUUUAAUGAUGUAAUGUAGAUAUUUGGCUAGUUUUAAUGUGUAUUCAGUAAUGAAAGAAAUCCCAUUUCAAAAUCAUGAUAUAAUAAUAUUUUUAUACAUUGUAAAUUGAAUUAAAUGUUUAAUUAAAUUAUUUAUUUUAUUUUCGUUAGUUUUGUAGCUAUUAUCUAUUUGCAUUGCAUAUAUUACUCAUGCUACUAGACCACUGAUUACUUUUUUUUGCGACUACAUAUAUAUUCCCUAUAUAUACCCCUUUUUUCAUAAAAAUUUAAAUCUUUAAAUUAUUAUAUUAACUGUUGGGAUGUUUUGUAACAUUUUUUUGUAAUUAGGUAUUUAACGCAAAAUAAAAAGACAAAACACUUCAAUAGCUAAAAUAAGUACACGAGGUGUUUAGUGUUUUUAUGAAUAAGGGAGACAGUGCAUAGAAAUUAGACUCAUAAUAUCAAUACUAUAAUGGUUUUCGCUAUACGUUUUUUGUAUUGUGGGGAUAAUAAAUCCGUAGUCACCAGGCGAAGCAGCAUAUUUGCUUCACCAUUAGUGUUGCAGUCCUCACCAAUAGAUUUCUAAUAAUAUUAUGAAUGUGAAAGUUUGUAAAUAUGUUUUGGAUAUUCUUGACUCAAUCACGAUUAAACGGUUUUGAAUGAAAUUUAUUACACGGGUAGGUUAUAUACGAACUUAACACACAAGAUACUUUAUAUACUGUUUCACGCGGACAAAGCUGCGGACAACUGCUAGUAUAGAAUAAUGUAUACUUAUUUUGUACAUUACGUGUCUAUAAUAACUUCUAUACGAUUCUGAAAUAAUCUAUGGAAUUUUUAAUUUAGCCACAUCAUGAAAGGUGAUUUGUUUUUUUAGGUGUGUGUGUUUUUCAUAGUAAAUACUAACUAUGG